AUGGUGCUGUGUGGACUCAGGGGACCACAUUUCUUGGGGCCCAACAUAUACACUGAGCCCCCAGACGGAGGCUGGGGAUGGGCAGUGGCCGUGGCCUUUUUUAUCGUGGAGAUCUUUACCUAUGGCACCAUCAAGAGCUUUGGCAUUUUCCUCCAAGUGCUGAUGGAGGAGUUUGAGGAGAGCAACAGCAGAGUGUCCUGGAUUGUUUCCAUCUGUGUGUUUGUCAUGACCUUUAAUGGUCCUCUUUCCUCUGUGAUGACCAACCGCUUUGGGUAUCAACUUGUUGUCAUGCUCGGAGGUUUACUAAUUUCCUCAGGAACCAUUGCUACAAGCUUUACUACCUCCGUCAAUCAAAUGUACAUCACCUAUGGUUUAGUAGCAGGUCUUGGAUACUGCCUGACCUUUUUACCCACAGUGACAAUCCUAUCACAUUAUUUUACCCGGCGCAGGUCACUGGUCACUGCCAUAGCAUCGACUGGAGAGGCCCUGUCCAUGUUUGCUCUAGCCCCUGCUUUCUCCUCUUUGAGGGACCUUAUCGGCUGGCGUCACACCAUGGCAGUGAUAGGAGCUUUGCAAGGCUCCAUCAUAAUUUGCGGUGCUCUGCUUCGGCCAAUCAUCAUCCAACCAAAGACAAGCCAGGAUUCAAAGAGUGAAAAAUAUUCAAAUCACGUGGAAGCCCAAAGGCCUCAUGAGAAGCAUGCAAUCAAAGACGACUGUAUUGUGAACAAACAAAACACUGAUCAUGAGCUCAACGGAGAUGUGGUUAGCUACUCUGAUGUCAAGGAUAAGAAGGUGAACUCUGACCAAGAAGAGAGGACUUUAUUAACAGAGAAAGUAAAUUCAGAGUUGCCGCCAGGUCUAAAUAAAGACUUGGAAGGAGAGGAAACCCGGAUGAAUGAUGUCGAGAAACAAGUGAACAAAGCCAAUGAGAGCAAAAAUGCUGAAAAACCUGCUAGGAACUUUAAACUAUUGGAUUUCUCCAUUCUUAAAGAGUGUAGCUUUAUCUUGUACUCGCUCUUUGGACUGUUUGCCACACUGGGGUUUUUCGCACCUCAACUCUACAUCAUCGAGUUGAGCGUAAGUCGAGGCGUUGAGCGGGAUCGCGCCACUUACAUGCUCUCCACCAUGGCGGUAGCUGAAAUUGUCGGUCGCUUUUUCAUCGGAUGGCUUCUGACACAGAAUCGACUCCAGCAGAGGAAACUCCUCGUCCUCUUGGCUUGUGUCAUUUCCAUGACGGUGGAUCUAGUGGGGUUCACUCUAGUCACAGAGUUUUACGGCCUUGCGGUUUGUUGCGCUGUCUACGGGUUCUUUAUGGGGACCCUCGCAUGCACGCACAUUCCCAUGCUGGCGGAAGAUGACGUGGUGGGAUUGGAGAGGAUGUCUUCUGCUGCUGGAGUCUAUGUGUUCAUACAAAGCUUUGCUGGCCUGGCUGGACCCCCACUUGGAGGUGUAUUAGUGGAUAUGACUCAGAACUACGGAUCUGCCUUCUACUCCUGUGCAGCUGGCAUGGCGGUGAGUGCUGUGUUCCUGGGCUUAGUGAGACCCGCCAAGAGAGGACUACUUUGCAGGAAGAGGAAAUUAAGACUAAAUGAAGACAUGCCUGAUGAUGCGAAAUGGGAAUCCAAGGAAAAUGCUGACUUGAACAAAGCCUAUAAAGCACCAGACAAUACUGAGGUUAGCUCAGAUGCACGUGAAGAACCAACUGAUCACAACGGUGAAUAA